ACCGUAACCCAAAUAUACUCGCCACUUUUCCACUCUCAAUCCAAAAACCAAAUGAAGAGGUUGAUAUGGCUCUUUCAUUUUCUCUUCUUUUUCUUCCAGUGUCAAUCUGCUUCUUCAUCCCCUCUCUCUUCAUCUCCUUCGUCGAAUCAUUCGUGUUCUCUCAAUGAGAGAACUUCACUGCUGCAAUUUAAGCAAAUGUUUACCAUAGACAGUUAUGCUUCUUUCCGGCAGUGUGAUGAACUUGGUUCUUCUUCGCACCCGAAGACAGUGUCUUGGAACGAGACUACUGAUAGCGAUUGUUGCUCAUGGGACGGGGUAACGUGCAAUGUGUCCACUGGUCAUGUGAUUGGGCUCGACCUUAGUUGUAGCAAACUCUAUGGCACCAUCCAUCCGAAUACCACUCUUUACCAACUCCCACACCUCCAGCAACUCAAUCUCGCCUUCAAUCAUUUCAACUUCUCCCCUUUUCCACCCUCGUUUAGCCGAUUCACGAGCUUAUCCCAUCUCAACCUAUCCUCUUCCUUUCUCUCAGGCUCAAUCCCAUCGGAAAUCACCCACCUAUUCAAACUCGUUUCACUCGAUCUCUCUUCUUCCAUGGGUGUUAUGUCCAAGACUGGUAUACUAAGACUCGAACCCCACAAUUUCAAAACCUUGCUCAUGAACCUGACCCAACUAGAAAACCUGAAGCUUACCCUAGUAAACAUAUCUUCGGGUCUACCUGAUUCCCUUAUGAAUUUGUCUUCUUUAGCGACUCUCGACCUUAAGAAGACCGGACUCAGUGGAAAACUACCCGAUUCAAUAGGCUAUCUUGGGUUUUUAAAUUACUUGGAUCUCUCUGUCAACGAACUCUCUGGGCCUCUUCCCGAGUCACUUGGAAACCUCACGUGGAUUACUGUAUUACGUUUAUCAGAAAACAAUUUGAACGGUCAGGUACCGUCUACUCUCUCAAAUCUUGAGCAACUUUCUGAUUUCCACAUUGAGUAUAAUAAUCUCAAUGGUACAAUUCCUGAGUUCUUUUCUAAGUUUACAAAGUUGGAGUAUUUAAGACUCGACCGUAAUAAUUUCAAGGGCCCAUUUCCACGUUGGGUGGCCAACCUAACACAACUUGUUUGUUUAGACAUUUCGUCUAAUCCACUUACCGCGGGGCCUAUUCCUAACUUAAGUGGACUUCCAAACCUCCAAUGGUUCGGCUUAUCCAAUAGCAAUCGCAAUGGAACACUACCAUCGUGGUUGUUUGGUAUUCCCUCGUUGCAAACGUUAGACCUUGGAUAUAACCAGUUGACUGGACAAAUUCAUGAGUUCCGACAUGAUUCACAGUUGUGGAACAUUGACUUGAGAAACAAUAAACUCAAUGGUCCCAUUCCACAGUCAAUCUCAGGUCUUGUGAACUUGCGUUACCUCUUCCUUUCAUCAAAUAAUCUCAGUGGUAUCAUCGAGCUACAGAUAUUCUCAAACCUUGAAGUGCUUGAUCUUUCGAAGAGUAAUACCUUAGUGAGCAUUGGUAGUAAAGCCAACACUACCUGGCCCAAUCUUCGUUUCUUGGGUUUGUCCUAUUGCAAUAUAACCGAGUUCCCAGAAUUCUUAAAAAGCGCAGAGAAGCUCCAAUCACUAGAUCUAUCCCACAACAUUCUUCGUGGUCAAGUCCCGUCUACUCUCUCAAAUCUUGAGCAACUCACUGAUUUCCGCGUUGAGCAUAACAAUCUCAAUGGUACAAUUCCUGAGUUCUUUUCUAAGUUUACAAAGUUGGAGUAUUUAAGACUUGACCGUAAUAAUUUCAACGGCCCAUUUCCACGUUGGGUGGCCAACCUAACACAACUUGUUUGUUUAGACAUUUCGUCUAAUCCACUUAACGCGGGGCCUAUUCCUAACUUAAGUGGACUUCCAAACCUCCAAUGGUUCGGCUUAUCCAAUAGCAAUCGCAAUGGAACACUACCAUCAUGGUUGUUUGGUAUUCCCUCGUUGCAAACGUUAGACCUUGGAUAUAACCAGUUGACUGGACAAAUUCAUGAGUUCCGACAUGAUUCACAGUUGUGGAUCAUUGACUUGAAAAACAAUAAACUCAAUGGUCCCAUUCCACAGUCAAUCUCAAGUCUUGUGAACUUGCGUUACCUCCUCCUUUCAUCAAAUAAUCUGAGUGUUGUCAUCGAGCUACGGAUAUUCUCAAACCUUGAAGUGCUUGAUCUUUCAAAGAGUAAUACCUUAGUGAGCAUUGGUAGUAAAGCCAACACUACCUGGCCCAAUCUUCGUGUCUUGGGUUUGUCCUCUUGUAACAUAACUGAGUUCCCGGAAUUCUUAAAAAGCGCAGAGAAGCUCCAAUCACUAGAUCUAUCCAACAACAAAAUUCGUGGACCCCUCCUAGUUCCAUCAUCAUCAUUAAUCCGCUUCCUAAUCUCACACAAUAAACUAACCGGAGAAUUCCCUUCAUCAAUUUGCAAUAUGAGUUUCCUCGAGAUUCUUGUUUUGUCGAAUAACAACUUAAAUGGUGUUAUUCCACACUGUUUGGGAAAUGUCAUCAAUAAUCUCAAGGUGUUAGAUCUCCGAACGAAUGACUUCCAUGGGGCUAUCCCUACAACAUUUGCAAAUAGAAGUAUGUUGAGGAGUCUUAAUUUAAAUGGAAAUCGUUUCCAAGGACCAGUGCCUCGAUCUUUGGCCAAUUGUAAAAGCAUGGAAGUACUAGAUCUCGGGAACAACAAUCUAAAUGGUGAAUUCCCUCAUUGGCUGGAGUCACUUCCAGAAUUGCAAGUUCUUGUAUUGAAAUCCAACAAAUUUCAUGGUCCUAUAGGCACUUCACGAACUGAAACUCCUUUCCCUAAGCUUCGAAUUAUUGACCUUUCUCACAAUAACUUCACUGGGCUUCUACCGGAACCAUAUUUCCUCAAUUUCAAAGCUUUGAUGAAUGUGGAUAAAUCAAAAAGUUCGUCGCUAUACAUGGGAGAUACGGUCUAUCGAGAUACUAUGGAGUUGGUCUUGAAGGGGGUCGUAAUCGAACUGAAAUAUAUCCUCACCACCUUCACAACAAUCGACUUGUCGAACAACCAUUUCCGAGGAGAGAUUCCAAAUAAUGUUGGAAAGCUACAAGGACUUCGGCUACUGAAUUUAUCUCAGAAUAGCCUUUCCGGUCAUCUUCCAUCAUUGUUACAAAAUAUGACAAUGUUGGAAUCGCUAGACCUCUCUUCCAACCAAAUAACUGGGGAGAUUCCGGGGGAACUCAAAAGUUUGACAUUUCUUGCAGUUUUAAACCUUUCAAAGAACCAUCUAGUUGGUCCCAUACCUCAUGGAAACCAAUUUGAUACAUUUCAGAAUGAUUCUUACAUUGGAAAUUCGGGAUUAUGCGGAUUACCACUGUCAAAAAAAUGUGGAGAUAGUGAGGCACAACCACAGCCACCACAACCUUGGGAUGUUGAUGAUGAUGAUGAUGCGAGUGGAUUUACUUGGAGGAUCGUGCUGAUGGGGUACGGAUGCGGAUUGGUAAUAGGAGUGACCAUGGGAUUUGUUAUGUUCUUGACUGGAAGACCUAGAUGGUUUACGAGAAUAGUCAUUGGAGGAGAACCACGCCGGAAGGUGGUAAGAAUAAGCCAGAUUGGUUGGAGAAGUCAGCGAAGUUAG